AUAACCGGUCGGGUCUUUGUCGCAUGGGUAGGGGUAGGUAUUUUCCUAGUAGUUGCUUACCUUUACGUUUCUCUUGUUUCUUUCGUUUUCUUUCUACAAUUGCCGCCUGUGAAUCUGCUCCAAGUUUCACCUUAGAACUCACCGAUCUCUGCUCCAAAGGACUCACAAAACACGCCUUUGAUAGGUUCCAUCCUCAAAUAUGGGCAGACCCACCUCUGUUUUCCAACCUUAUCCAAUCUUGCAUCCCCCAAAACUCACCUUCUCUUGGGAAACAGCUUCAUUCUUUAGUUAUCACAUCUGGGUCUUCAAAAGACAGGUUUAUAUCAAAUCACUUACUAAACAUGUACUCCAAAUUCGGGAACUUACAAGCUGCUGUUUCAUUGUAUAAUGUUAUGGUUCGGAAGAAUAUUAUGUCUUGUAACAUUUUGAUUGGUGGACAUAUGCAUGUUGGUGAUCUGGAAGGUGCCAGAAAAGUGUUUGAUGAAAUGCCUGAGAGAAAUAUUGCCACGUGGAAUGCUAUGGUGGCAGGUUUUAUCCAGUUUGAGUGUAAUGAGGAGGGACUUUGGUUGUUUAGAGAAAUGCAUGCUUCGGGGUUCUCGCCGGAUGACUUCACUCUUUCUAGUGUUCUUAGAGGGUGUGCCGGUUUGAAAGCUUUGUUUGUAGGGAGGCAAGUUCAUUGUUGUGUGAUGAAAUGCGGACUCGAGUUUCAUUUGGUUGUUGGAAGUUCUUUGGCUCAUAUGUAUAUGAAGUGUGGAAGUUUGGGGGAAGGGGAAAGGGUGAUUAAAUCAAUGCCGAUUCGGAAUAUGGUUGCUUGGAAUACUCUCAUUGCAGGGAACGCCCAAAAUGGCUACUCUGAGAGUGCAUUGCAUCUUUAUAAUAUGAUGAAAAUGACUGGUUUUAGACCUGAUAAGAUCACGUUUGUUAGUGUCCUUAGUUCUUGCUCAGAGUUGGCAACAUUAGGACAAGGUCAGCAGAUUCAUGCUGAUGUGAUUAAAACUGGUGCACGUUCGGUAGUUGGUGUGAUAAGUUCAUUAAUUAGCAUGUAUUCGAGGUGUGGUUGCUUGGAAGAUUCUAUUAAAGUUUUCUUGGAAUGUGAAGAGGCAGAUCUUGUGUCAUGGAGCUCGAUGAUUGCUGCAUAUGGGUUUCAUGGACGAGGAGUGGAAGCUGUUGAGUUGUUUGAACAGAUGGAGCAAGAAGAAUUGGAGCCAAAUGAUGUUACUUUCUUGAGCUUGCUUUAUGCUUGCAGUCACUGUGGGCUUAAAGAUAAAGGACUUGAGUUCUUUAACUUGAUGUCAGAGAAGCAUGGAAUAAAGCCUAGAGUACAGCACUAUACUUGCGUUGUUGACUUGCUUGGUAGGUCUGGUUGUUUGGAUGAAGCAGAGGCUAUGAUAAGAUCAAUGCCAGUGAAAGGAGAUGCUAUCAUAUGGAAAACUUUGUUAUCUGCAUGUAAGAUCCACAAGAACGCAGACAUGGCAAGAAGAAUAGCUGAAGAAGUGCUUAAGCUUGAUCCUCAGGAUUCAGCUUCCUAUGUACUUCUUUCAAACAUUCAUGCUUCUGCUAAAAGGUGGCAGGAUGUUUCUGAGGUCAGAAAAGCCAUGAGAGAUAACAGAGUGAAGAAAGAGCCUGGUGUAAGUUGGUUGGAAAUCAAGAAUGAAAUUCAUCAGUUUUGCAUGGGUGAUAAAGCGCAUCCACAAUCGGAGGAGAUUGAUUUAUAUUUGAAAGAAUUAACAGCAGAGAUGAAGUUACGGGGUUAUGUGCCUGACACUAGUUCUAUUCUGCAUGACAUGGAUAAGGAGGAAAAAGAGUACAACUUGGCUCACCAUAGCGAGAAAAUGGCUAUUGCUUUUGCUCUAAUGAAUACUCCUGCUUCUGCUCCUAUAAGGGUGAUUAAGAAUUUGCGGAUCUGCAGUGAUUGCCAUGUUGCUAUUAAGAUCAUAUCAGAGCUAAAAAAUAGAGAAAUUAUUGUCCGAGAUGCUAGUAGAUUUCAUCAUUUCAAAAAUGGAAAAUGUUCUUGUAGAGAUUAUUGGUAAGAGGGUUUUAGCAACUUUCGCAGUUGAUGAGAGAUUUUUUUAUCUGAUCAUUUCUUUAGUAUAGAAUAAGUGACUUAGUAUUUAUUUUGUAUUUCGCGAAGGGAUUUGAAUCAUGCUCUUCAAGCAAAAAUUAUGUAGCAAUCAAUUGAACUAAAAUUUCAAUGCAAUUUAAGACAUAAAUUUAAUUCAGACAU